GGAGAGGAGCGGGCCGAGGACUCCAGCGUGCCCAGUGGUCUGGCAUCCAGCACUUGCUGCUCUCUGACACCCGGGAAGAUGGCCAGCCCGUGGACCUUCACCCUUCUCUGUGGUUUGCUGGCAACCACCUUGAUUCAAGCCACCCUCAGCCCCACUGCAGUUCUCAUCCUCGGACCAAAAGUCAUCAAAGAAAAGCUGACACAGGAGCUGAAAGCCCACAACGCCACCAGCAUCCUGCAGCAGCUGCCGCUGCUCAGUACCAUACGGGAACAGCCAGCCGGAGGCAUCCCUGUGCUGGGCAGCGUGGUGAACACCGUCCUGAAGUACGUCAUCUGGCUCAAGGUCACCACAGCUAGCAUCCUCCAGCUGCAGGUGAAGCCCUCGGCCAAUGACAAGGAGCUGCUAGUCAAGAUCCCCCUGGACAUGGUGGCCGGAUUCAACACGCCCCUGGUCAAGACCAUCGUGGAAUUCCACAUGGAGACUGAGGCCCAAGCCAUCGUCCGCAUGGACACCAGUGCAAGUGGCCCCACCCGCCUGGUCCUCAGUGACUGUGCCACCAGCGAUGAGAGCCUGCGCGUCCAACUGCUGCAUAAGUUCUCCUUCCUGGUGAACGCCUUAGCUAAGGAGGUCAUGAACCUCCUGGUGCCAGCCCUGCCGAAUCUAGUGAAAAACCAGCUGUGUCCCGUGAUCGAGGCUUCCUUCAAUGGCAUGUAUGCAGACCUCCUGCAGCUGGUGAAAGUGCCCAUUUCCCUCAGCACUGACCGUCUGGAGUUUGACCUUCUGUCUCCUGCCAUCAAGGGCGACACCAUUCUGCUCUACCUGGGGGCCAAGUUGUUGGACUCACAGGGAAAGGUGACCAAGUGGUUCAAUAACUCUGCAGCUUCGCUGGCAGUGCCCUCCCUGGACAACACCCCAUUCAGCUUCAUUGUGAGUCAGGAUGUGGUGAAAGCUGCAGUGGCUGCUAUGCUCCCUCCAGAAGAAUUCAUAGUCCUGUUGGACUCUGUGCUUCCUGAGAUAGCCCGUCGGCUGAAGUCAAGCAUCGGACUGAUCAAUGGAAAGGCUGCAGAUACGCUGGGAUCUACCCAGAUCGUGAAGAUCCUAACUCAGGACACUCCCGAGUUUUUCACGGACCAAGGCCACGCCAGGGUGGCCCAGCUGAUCGUGCUGGAAGUGUUUGCCUCCAGUGAAGCCCUCCGCCCUUUGUUCACCCUGGGCAUCGAAGCCAGCUCGGAAGCUCAGUUUUACACCAAAGGUGACGAGCUUAUACUCAACUUGAAUAACAUCAG